AUGGUUGUAGAGAGGGCCCUCAUUGACACUAGACACUACCAUAGUAGAAUAGUAGCCGUACACCCCCUUUGGUUUUGCCGCGGUUGCCACGUGGUAAUGACGGUGCGGUCGGCAGGGGACGCCAGCAAGCUUGCAAAUUUCGGCUCCUGGCCGCCUGCCGUGAUGAGCUACUCUGCUUGGGGAAGGCUAAGCCUACGUAGUAAACAGCCAAGCAAGAGGGUAGAUUAG